ACCUUUUCCUUAAACCAAUGAAGGCCAGCUCCACUUGAGAUUCUCCGGCGGCGUUUAUCAACUGAAGCACUUUGCUCCGUUUCGUUUUGCUUGUGAGCAGUUGCAAAGGGAGCAAAGCCUAUCUGCUCCAAUUCGAUUUCGCAAGCAGGGUUUUCUCCAGAUUGAACUGAAGGAGGGUUACCUCAAUACUGAAGUGGGGUACUUUUCAGUUUUAUUAAAGGUUGGAUUUUUAGAGGAUGAUACAGUAGGCAAAGACCUAUGACGGACAAGUACAAUGUUGAAGCUGCAGAAAUUCUUGCGAACGAGGCACUGCGCUCGCCAAUUUCGGAAGCAGUGCCUUUAUAUGAGCAGCUUCUAUCGACGUUUCCCACAGCGGCAAAAUACUGGAAGCAAUAUGUUGAGGCACACAUGGCGGUAAAUAAUGAUGAUGCGACAAAACAAAUAUUUAGUCGCUGCCUGUUAAACUGUCUACAGAUUCCACUUUGGCGCUGUUACAUCCGCUUUAUUAGGAAAGUCAACGACAAGAGGGGGAAUGAGGGUCAAGAAGAGACAAGAAAAGCUUUUGAUUUCAUGCUUAACUAUGUUGGAGCGGACAUAGCAUCAGGUCCGGUGUGGAUGGAGUACAUUGCAUUUUUAAGGUCUUUGCCUGCUCCGACUGCACAAGAAGAAUCACAACGAAUGACCUCUGUGAGGAAAAUAUACCAGAGAGCUAUUGUCACCCCAACCCAUCAUGUGGAACAGCUUUGGAGGGACUAUGAGAAUUUUGAAAAUUCAAUUAGUCGAGCCUUGGCAAAAGGACUGGUUUCUGAAUAUCAACCUAAAUAUAACAGUGCGAGGGCUGUAUAUAGAGAAAGGAAGAAGUACACUGAUGAAAUUGAUUGGAAUAUGCUAGCGAUUCCGCCCUCCGGCUCUUCCAAGGAGGAAAUGCAAUGGAUGGCAUGGAAAAAACUUCUUGCCUUUGAGAAAGCAAACCCACAGAGGAUAGACAGUGCUUAUGCUAAUAAAAGAAUUGUGUUCACAUAUGAGCAGUGCCUCAUGUACUUGUAUCAUUAUCCUGAUAUAUGGUAUGAAUAUGCCACAUGGCAUGCAAAAGCUGGUUCAGUAGACUCCGCUAUCAAGGUUUUCCAGCGAUCUUUGAAAGCACUUCCUGACUCGGAAAUGCUAAGAUAUGCUUACGCUGAACUUGAGGAAUCACGUGGAGCCAUUCAGGCUGCUAAAAAGGUAUAUGAAAGUCUUUUUGGGGAUGGAUCCAAUGCCUCUGCACUAUCACAUAUCCAGUUUAUAAGGUUUUUAAGAAGAAGUGAAGGAGUUGAAGCAGCUCGCAAAUACUUUGUUGAUGCACGCAAGUCCCCAAAUUGCACUUACCAUGUUUAUGUGGCUUAUGCAAUGAUGGCCUUUUGUCUUGACAAGGAUGCAAAGAUGGCGCACAAUGUUUUUGAAGCAGGGUUGAAACGCUUUAUGCAUGAGCCUGGAUACAUCCUUGAGUAUGCAGAUUUCCUUUAUCGUUUGAAUGACGAUAGAAAUAUCAGGGCAUUAUUUGAACGUGCAUUGAGCUCACUGCCGCCAGAGGAAUCUGUUGAGGUUUGGAAAAAGUUCACUCAAUUUGAGCAAACAUAUGGAGACCUUGCCAGCAUGUUGAAGGUUGAGCAGAGAAGGAAAGAAGCUCUUUCCAGAACAGGUGAUGAUGGAGCAUCAGAGUUAGAGAGUUCGUUGCAUGAUGUUGUAUCACGCUACAGUUUCAUGGAUCUUUGGCCUUGCUCUUCAAAUGACUUGGAUCAUUUAGCACGCCAAGAGUGGCUCGCGAGGAACAUCAAUAAAAAACCUGACAAACCUACUCUUGGUAUUGAGGCAGGUUCUGCAGACAAGACUACUUCUGGUGUUUCAUCCAAUACAAAUCCGCCUGCCAAGGUAGUGUAUCCAGAUACUUCAAAAAUGACGGUUUAUGACCCGAGGCAAAUUCCAGGUCCUGCUGCGCUUGCAGCUCCAUCUGCUUCAGGCACCUUGCCCUAUUCUGGUCCAUUUAGCAGCAAUGGACCUCCAAAUGCCCUUAAUGAUAUUUUGAAAUCGUUACCCCCUGCAUUUGCAGCAUUCAUAGCAAAUUUGCCGGCUGUUGAAGGUCCUUCUCCUGAUGCUGAUUUUGUGAUAUCUGUAUGUUUGCAAAGCAACAUCCCUGCAGCAACUGGAAAAUCCGGGACUGCCUCUCUGCCAUUGCAGUCAGGUGCUGCUCCAUCUACGAGUGACCUCUCUGAUUCAAGCAAAUUCAGGCCGAGAGACAGACAGCCAGGAAAGAGGAAAGACAUGGACAGACAAGAGGAUGAUGAAUCAACGACUAUACAAAGCCAGCCCCUUCCUAGAGAUCUUUUCAAGAUUCGCCAAUUACAAAAAAAUCGUGUUGGUAAUUCGUCUCGAGUUACUAGUUCAUACACAGGAUCAGCAUCAUAUGGAAGUGCGCUUUCAGGAGAUCUCUCGGGCAGCACUAGUUGACCUCAGACUUGUUUCUUAGUUUUCAACUGAGCAGCAGACCUGACGCGACUGACAGAUGAGCCAACAUACAUUCCAAUCUCUGCCAUUUGCGUCUGGUCAUUCUGUAGUGUACUCUAUUUUGCAAAGAUGUAAUGUUAACAUUUACAUGUCAUUAUAAUUAAUUUUAUUUUUCGGAUGCUCCAUUUAUAAAGAACAGAUCCCUGUUCAAGAAAGCUAUACAUGCAACGAUCAACGUUGUUUGGCAUGAUAAGUGAAAGUCGUGGACUAUUUCCCAAGUCAGAAGGUCGCCCUCUAGCCCAACAAUGGAGCUAGGUGUAUACAACUCGACAUUUCUUUUGAUAGUGAGAUGUCACUUUUCAUAUAAAUUAUAUCAUGUAGAGUAACUGGCUGAGAGUGAUGACAAGAAAAUGUUCUGGUGGCUUACUUUUUCUAUAGUCUGGCUAACAAUGAGAAUUUUGUUUGAUAAUGUGCUGGGAAGUAUUGGUUUUUAGAAUUAUAUU